GAUUCUUCGACAUCCUCUACUGCUGCUGCACCCACGUGGGGCCCAGAAUUCUACCAUGCUCGUCGAAUGCAGUGGCUAACCCCAACGGAUCCGAUACGAACGCCUGACCUCGAGCCAUCAUCUUCUCGCCGGAAACUCGAACGCAUUCUUUCCUCUCCCGAUGCCCUGACAAGCAACGAGAUCUGGAGAAAUCACGUUGAAAAGAUCUGGAAUGGGCUCAAUGCAGGCGGGAAACUCAGACGCAGACUUCCUAUGCACCUCGUUAUCAAGAUAAUACAUUCAUCUUGGCUACGAGACAGUACAUGGCCUGUUGGGCAAGCUGCUCCUGAACCGGACGAU